AGCCAUAUCAACUUAGCAACUUCUUGCAUACAUUUUCUUUUGCUUUUCUUCUUGCAAGAUAGCUUAGUUUCUUGCAUUGAUAGAGGGGGAGAGUAAGCAAGAAAAGAAUUUCUUGCAUUGAUAGAGGAGAGUGAUAAGCAAGAAAGAACUGCGGAAAUGAAGAUGGGUGAGAAUACAGCCACAAAGAACCACUUUCCUCCUCAGGUUUUCAGUGUUAAUGUUGACAUGCCUCCUCAAGCUGGCUCCAAGUGGUAUGAUGACGAUGGCAAACUCAAGCGGACUGGAACUGUUUGGACUGCUAGUGCUCACAUAAUUACAGCUGUGAUUGGGUCUGGAGUUCUGUCUUUGGCUUGGGCUGUUGCUCAGCUUGGAUGGGUUGCUGGUCCUGCUGUUAUGUUCUUGUUCUCUUUAGUCACUUACUAUACUUCUACUCUGCUCUCCGCUUGCUACCGAACUGGUGAUCCUGUCAAUGGCAAGAGGAACUAUACUUAUAUGGACGCUGUUCGGUCCAAUCUUGGUGGUGCUAAGUUUAAGAUAUGUGGAUAUGUUCAAUACGUGAAUCUUAUUGGCGUUGCCAUUGGUUACACAAUAGCAUCAUCUAUCAGUAUGAUGGCUGUCAAGAGGUCUAAUUGUUUCCAUAAGAGUGGAGGCAAAAAUCCAUGCCAUAUGAAUGCCAAUCCUUACAUGAUUGCAUUUGGAGUUGUUGAAAUCAUCUUCUCUCAGAUUCCUGACUUUGAUCAACUAUGGUGGCUAUCCAUUGUUGCUGCAAUCAUGUCCUUUACUUACUCAACAAUUGGUCUUGGACUAGGAAUUGCUGAAGUUACAAAAAAUGGGAAAGCCAUGGGAAGUAUGACCGGUAUUAGCAUUGGAACUGUGACUGAAACACAAAAGAUAUGGAGGAGCUUCCAAGCUCUUGGUGACAUUGCUUUUGCCUACUCUUAUUCCCUUAUCCUCAUUGAAAUUCAGGACACGAUCAGAUCUCCACCAGCAGAGUCCAAAACAAUGAGGAAAGCAACUCUAAUAAGUGUAUCAGUAACAACCCUUUUCUACAUGCUAUGUGGUUGCUUUGGCUAUGCUGCCUUUGGAGACAUGUCUCCGGGAAAUCUCUUAACUGGUUUCGGUUUUUACAACCCAUAUUGGCUACUAGACAUUGCUAACGUUGCAAUAGUAGUCCACCUUGUUGGUGCAUACCAAGUCUACUGCCAACCCUUGUUCGCAUUCGUCGAAAAAGCAGCAGUACAAAGAUUCCCGGACAGUGAAUUCAUUACUAAAGAUAUUAAAAUCCCGAUUCCUGGAUGCAAACCCUACAAUCUUAACCUCUUCAGAAUGGUAUGGAGGACUGUUUUUGUGAUCUUCACAACCGUAAUUUCGAUGCUCCUUCCUUUCUUCAAUGACAUAGUUGGUCUACUUGGAGCUCUAGGAUUUUGGCCAUUAACCGUUUAUUUCCCAGUUGAGAUGUACAUAGCUCAAAAGAAGAUACCAAAGUGGAGCACAAGAUGGCUUUGCCUCCAAAUACUAAGUGCUGCUUGUCUUAUUAUCACUAUAGCUGCAGCUGCUGGCUCAAUUGCAGGAGUUAUUGUUGAUCUCAAGACAGUCAAACCAUUCCAGACUACUUACUAGAUCAGUUAGAAGUUGAACUGGUAUCACCAUUGAUGAACAUUUCAAAAACAAGGGAAUCCCAACACUAGAUUUUAGUUGUUGUUCAUGUUCAUAUGAUGCUCUUUUAUGUGGUCCUGUUAAUUCGCUAUGGUAGUUUUUUCCAUCUUCUGUUAUUCCUCUCUCAAAAAAGAAAAAUGGGACCAUGCCUGUAACAUAAGUUAAAAGAAAAGAAAAGGGAAAAAAAAUAAAGAAAAAAACAUGAGUCUCUAAUUCUGUAUCCCAAAGCGUUGUAUAAUUCUCUAAUUUUCCAAUGCAAAUUGGAAGAUUUUAUGCAUAGAUUUCUCUUAA